GUACUCCCGAACUUCCUGUUGUGUUUUCGCUCAGCGCUUUGGUCAGGCAGAUAUGGAAGACUCUGCAAGGCGAGGAGAAAACCAUAGCCUUCCAGUGAAGAGGCACGUUCUUUCCAAACACCGGGGAACAUUUUAAACCUCACAGCAGCCGCUGCCAGCACUCACAACAGGCGAGAGGCGUCAGACACCCCAUAAUCCCGAGUCUGGUGCCCGCGACAUGGCACUCAGCUCGGGCGGUUGGGCUCCUCCAGCCCCGGUCCCUGCCUCGUCACAGCAAGCUGUAUGCGGCGGGCCUACGCCAACAGCGUGUUGCACUACUGUUCUCAUGUCGGUCCGUGUUUCUGUGUGUCAUUCCGGGAUACGACCCUUGUGCCUCCCCGGUGCAGGCAGCGAGACUCUGCGCCUCCAGCUCAGCAUGGACCCGAUCCGGGCCGGAGAGUUCAGACUGGCGCUGCGAGAUACGAGCGGAAACCGCUGUGUGUUCAUUGCUGAGUUUGACCUGCGCGCUGUUCAGUAUGAAGUCAAGUCACCUCGCUGCCAUGAGAUGCGUUAUGCGGCUCCACCUCACGACUGCAUUCGCUUCAACUUCCGCUGCGACCGCGAGGCUGAGGAGUGGGCCACAGUGGUGAUGUCAUCGCUCAGAGAGGCACAUAGAGUUGCAAAUAUAAACACGUACGAAUCCGAUGGAAAACAGAAUCACACGGCAGCAGCUCUGGAGCGGUGGAGUUCAGCCUCACUGCCACUCACCGAAGAGCUGUGCUUGGAGCUCGCCAGGGCAAUCGAAGCAGGUGACACUCAAGCUGCUUCCCAGCAUGCAUCUGCUCUGGCUCGACAGAAAGCAGUGCUGACAAUUCAGCUGUCGGAGAAGAACUACGCUGACGGGGAGAUUAGUUUAUCUGUAGUAGUGGAGGAUGUGUCAUCUUCCUGUUGUGUCACAGUGAAAGUGUUUCCGUACAUGACAGUGGCUGCUCUCAAGCAACAGGUUUUCCUCGAGUACGGUUUCCACCCUCGCGUGCAGCGCUGGGUGAUCGGUCAGUGUUUGUGCACAGAGCCGAGGUCGUUGGCAUCGUACGGUGUGCAGAAGGACGGUGACACGGCGUACCUCUACCUGAUCUCUGCCCGGCAGGCCCGCGUCACUCGCCAGCUUUUCCAGCAGGACCUGGAGAGUUCUCUCCUCGCCCCACCUCUCCCCCCGGGCAAUGGACCCACCUCGCAAGAUUGGAGGGCUUACAGCACUCUGCCCUCAAGGCUAUCGCACGACAACCAGGGGAGCACAAGUGGAGGUUGUGACAGACCAGGUGACAUCAAAGAUGUCCUCAACUUAGAGAACUUGAGACUUAAUGAUCACACCAACAAAGCCAGUAAAACCCAGCAGACAGAGUGGGCUUGUCCCUCAUGCACUUUCAUCAACAAAAUGUCUCGUCCGGGCUGUGAGAUCUGUGCCACAGCCAGACCCGACACACACACCCUGCAGGACAAAGGAAGGAGAGAGGACCGCGGUGAGUCCGGUUUAAGCGGCGGCAGCAGCAGCUGACUGCUCGUCAUCACCCUCUGGUUACAAUCUCUGACAUACUUGCACACACGCACACACAGGAUACUGCAUCCCCACCACCACCACCACCACAUACAUGUUGACAAAAUACUUGCAUCGGAACCUCGAAGUGCACUGAGAGUUCUCCGCUGAGGAUUUGGAGCGUUGGACGCACUGUAGCAUGACGUGAUGGUCGAGGCUCAGGUGAUGAACUGCAACAUCAAGCUUCGAGCAUCCACACAGACACACCAUGACACACAUCUGUAUUUGGCCAGACCUCUUUCUUAUUUAUUUCAUAGUGUGUGUGUGUGUGUGUGUGUGUGUGUGUGUGAGUGAC